UCGUGUGAAUCGUUAAGAAGUUUAACAAACAUGAAAAUCUACGUCGAGCGUGGACAGAAACAACAUGAGGGAUAACGCCGGGGAAGAUCUUAACGGUUAGACGAAUCUUGGGCGGAUUUAAGAGGACAAUUAUCGAAAGAUAUUUUCGACACGAGUAAAGAUUGCCAGAUUCAAGGCCACUUGAUUCGAUCAGGAUGGAGCUACGGUGGUCCCUGUACUGCACAAUGAUGUUGCAGACUUUCAUUGUGGCUUUACACGCUAUCGACGACUUUCGGCAUAUUUCUUACGAAGAUCUUGUGGACGGGAGUAUGUUUCGCGAAGAAGGUGUGACGACAUAUUCGCAGCUGCUUUUCGACGUUGCUAGACAGCAGGUCGUCGUUGGUGCACGAGACAAUCUCUACCGCUUAACAUUGACGUCUCUAACACCUUUGGAACACGCCUCCUGGACCGCACCGGAAGAUAAAAUAAAUACCUGUCAGAACAAGGGCCAAAGCCCCGAGGAUUGUCACAAUUACAUAAAGGUACUUCUCAGCAAUGGCAAGAGUCUAUUCACCUGCGGUACUUACGCGUUCAGUCCUUGGUGCACCUGGAGAGAGAUCGAGAAUAUAACAAGCGUGACGAGCGAAAUGUCAGGCGUGGCGAUGUGUCCGUAUUCACCGCAUGCCAACGUCACUGCACUUUUGGCUAGAGGUCCAUCCGGUGGACUCUUCGCUGGGGCACCAACUGAUUUUUCUGGAUCCGAUCCUGCGAUCUACAGGACUCUCGCAUCACCAAAUCUCAGGACCCAUCAGUACGAUUCCAGAUGGCUGAAUGAUCCACAAUUCGUUGGUAGCUUUGAGACCGAAGAUCACGUGUACUUUCUGUUUCGUGAAACCGCAGUAGAAUAUAUCAAUUGUGGCAAGAAAAUAUAUUCGAGGAUAGCUCGGGUUUGCAAGAACGAUCGAGGCGGACAGAUCAUGAUGAAGGAUGUCUGGAUGACUUUCAGCAAAGCUCGCUUGAAUUGUUCCCUUCCGGGCGAGUUCCCUUUCUAUUACGAUGAGAUUCAGGGUGCUGUCUAUCAUCCAGAAGAAAGGAUAGUCUAUGCGACUUUCACGACUCCGAUUAACGGCAUAGCUGGCUCGGCGAUCUGUGCCUUCAAUAUGUCCAGUAUCGUAGCAAGCUUCAAUGGACCUUUCAAACAUCAAGAGAACUUAGGAGCCGCAUGGGAAAGGCGACCUGUUCCUCAUCACAACAGGGAACAUUGUGCAUCACCAUCGAACACGGCACCUCAUUUGAUAAUCGAUAAUCAAAGGUACCAAUUGAUGGACGAUGCUGUCCAAAGCUCCACGUUGACGCCAUUACACACCGUAACAUUGGAGAGAUUCACGCAGAUCGCUGUCGAUCUUACACCAACUAAAUUACAUCGUGGCGUAACCGUAUUAUAUGUUGCAACGACCGAGAGAUUGAUAAAGAAAAUAUCUGUACUUCCGAGGACUCAAGAAACUUGCGUAGUCGAGAUAUGGGGUCCACUUCCAUCGAUGCCAACCACAUUGCAAUUCUUAAAAGACACGCAAAGUUUAUACGUUGGCAUGGAAAUUGGUUUGUUGAGAAUACCAGCAGUUCAAUGUCAUCGUCAUCGCAGUCGUCAGGCAUGCUUGAACGCGCAAGAACCAUAUUGCGGUUGGAACGAACACUUGAUGAAGUGCGCCCAAGCACCUAAGCAAAAUCAUCUUGCGACUCACUGGCAUCAGGAGGUUACGAAAUGUCCAGUUCUCACUGAUCCAGUCGAUGGUGGUUGGAGUGCAUGGAGUGCCUGGUCGGCCUGUCAACAUGGCACUGGAGAACAGUCGUCUCAUGGUCAUUCUCAUACACACUCCUACUUUGAUCACGAAGAGAUCACCGAUACUUGUCAAUGCCAGACUAGAGAGUGCAACAAUCCACCUCCACAGCAUGGUGGUACAAGUUGUGUUGGAGCACGCGUUAGAGUGACCAACUGUACAGUUCAUGGCGGUUGGACAACCUGGUCAGCUUGGUCAGCCUGUUCUCAAACUUGCGGCUUUGCUAUGAAAACACGUAGACGUAGUUGUACGAAUCCCUCUCCAGCUUUCGGUGGCCGAGUCUGCGUAGGACACGAUCACGAUGACAUCGUAUGUAUCGAUCUACCACCUUGUCCUACGCCAGCGAAAGUUACUCCACCGCCUCAAAAUGGACAAUGGUCUUCUUGGGGCGCAUGGAAUGCCUGUACUCGGCCAUGCAACGGAGGCUUUCGAAUUAGAAGAAGAACUUGUGACAAUCCCUCGCCUAGGAAAGGUGGUGCCGAAUGCAUCGGAUGUGAUUUUCAGGUCGAGGAAUGCAACAUUCAGCAAUGCGGAGAGACUAGAAGAUAUUCAGGGUGGACACCUUGGUUAGCCGUGAACGCAUCGAUACAAAAUGGAAGCGUGGGUUACACUGAAAAGCGUUUCAGAUUUAGCUGUCGUGCACAAACGGACGAUCCCUCAAGCGUGAGAGUCCAAUUUGCGAAAGAGGAAGAACGUUAUUGUAGAGACGAUGGUUCCUGUUUGCGAACGAAUAUCAACGGGUACGGAGAUAGUGUGGUCGAAAGCGGUUGGAGCGAGUGGUCAACUUGGUAUCCUUGCGAUCGACCUUGUGGAGGGGGCUCACAGCGUAGAAGAAGACAAUGCGAGUCACCACCUUGCGAGGGAAUAUCCGUACAAACGAGAAUAUGUAACAUUCAUCCAUGUAGAACAACAACUUUCGGAAGUGGCGUAGUAGAAGGACAAUGGUCCUGUUGGACUGACUGGUCCGAAUGUUCGGCUUCUUGCGGUGUUGGCGUUCGUACGAGGACAAGAGAAUGCAUCGGACCAGAGAGUUGUGACGGACCCAGACUCGUAAGAGAAACCUGCGAAAUGCCUAGCUGCGAGUCUUUACUAGGCUGGGAUACAUGGUCCCGUUGGACCCCGUGCGAUAAUGAUCGUCAACAACAUCGAAAACGUCAGUGUCUUCAACAUGGUAAUGGAAUGUGUCAAGGACUCAAUCGGGAAACUCGAGAUUGUCUUACGGAUUGUACGGACAACGACGUAAACGCUUUGCCAUCCAGCGUAGAAAGUGCCAGCGUGUCGGUAGGAGCUGUCGUAGGUAGUUGCAUCGUUGGAUUUUUCAUCGGAUUAGCUCUAACAGCGGUUCUCUGCUUCUAUUAUUUGAAACGAAGAAAACCUCGUGUACCAGGAAGUCCUCAUUACAUCAGUAAGCAAAAUCCUUACGUCACAGUGCCAUUAAAGGAGGUAAACGCCAAGAGACAACCUAGUUUUUCCGGUAGUACGAACGGAAACGGUACGCUUCGUGGAAAAAGUAAUCCGAACGUGAACGGCCUUGGAAGUCCAAAAUUAUAUCCGAAAAGUUUGGAAUACGAGUCCGCGACAUUGAAACGUAAUAGUCACGGUCAACAACACAUUCGUGCUGAUCUCGAUCAGGACAAGUACUAUUGAACGAACGAUCGACCGUAUUAACAUCGUUUUGAUAGUAUUACUUCGUUUGACAUUAACGAAUAAUGAUCAUCGAGGAACGUUGAUAAGAAAAAGAAAUAAUGAUUUCUUUUUUCUUCUCUUAACACAUUUGCUGCGUCUCCAAAAAGAAAAGAAAGAAAAACAACAACAAAUACCUUCGUUAGGUACGGUUUACAAUUUUCUUUUUUUUUCUUUUGGAUUCAAUUCAAGAUAUUGUUUAUGUAUUACGCCAAACGGGGAUCACGCGCAUCGUAGGAAAUUUCAAAACAAUUUUGUUAAUUGUUUCGCGGUUAUUUAAAUCCUCAACAAUCGGGCGAAUGUGUUAAUCGUGUUAAUCGUCAGGUCACUGUGAAAGGGACCAAAAAGAAACACACAAACAAAAAAAAAAAGAACAACAUAUCAGGUAUAUCAUCGUUUUAUACAAAAACGUAAAAGCAAUACAUUAAGUGCACUUCGCAGAGUAUCUACUUAAUUAAAGUAAUUACUUACAAUGAAA